GAAGUAGUACUUCAGCACGGCGACGAGGAGCAGCCAUGGUACAACGCGGAGGACUGUGUAGGAGUAGGGAAUGGAUGAUAAGCCCUCUGUAACACCCUUAGUGAUCAAGGGGAUGGGCAUAUCGAGGUAAAUAGACAACAAGAGCCCCUGGAAGAAUGAAUAGGAAAGGGAGGAUAUAUAUGAAAGAGUAAAAAGAAGACCAGAGAGGGAACUCGGGACUCCUGGCAGGCGACAAAAAGAUAAAAAUAGCGGCCGAUCUCCCGCCCACCACUACAGUACAUAGUCGACUUUACUUCACUUUUUCUCCAGACAGUCAAAGUUGAGGCUAUCUUCACUGAAAAUUACAAGGGGCAAUGUCCAAGGACUCGAAUUCCUAUGAAGAUGAGGACUACUUCCUCCCUCUUGAAGACCAGCGAGUCUUCGGUGCAGGCAUCACCCGCAAACGCGUCCCCUUUGUGCGCUCCUCCGAACAUGAGCUCACCACGCUUGCUCUGUCCUCCUCGACGCCAAAUACUACCCCCUUCGCCGGCUCCAGUAUAGCAAAUCGAUACCUCUCGAUAGUGAUGCCCAAGUCUUCCUCUUCCUGUUCCCCGAAUCCAUCUACAUCUACAGCUAUAGCCACAAAUGCCCCCGAAAGUAUCCCGGCAAGCGCAAACACAGACGAGCGUAGCCACUCCGCUCCUCCUCCUCCUACUGAUAAUCCAUUACUGCCUUCAACCUGCGAGAUAUGCGACCUCCCCCUUGCCAACACCGACAGCAACCCCAGCGUAAAACCCCACGAAGCCUCCCUAGCGCACCAAGUCUGCCUGUCGCACUCCCAUCCACCUUCUCAUCUGGACCGCACCAGGCACGGACUCCGCUACCUCGCCUCCUACGGCUGGGACCCAGAUAGCCGGGUGGGAUUGGGCGCUCCAGGACGAGAAGGGAUCCGAGAACCACUGAAGGGCAAGUUGAAGGCUGAUACGGUUGGGUUGGGGGCAAAUGUUCCUACCGAGGAGCCGGGGAAGACCAAGACCAAGACCAAGGACAAGGACAAGGACAAGGACAAAGUGCAGAAGCUGAAUGCGAAACAGGUGAGGAAGGCGCAUGUGCAGGCUCGGAAGAGAGGGGAGAAAUUGCGCGAGAUGUUUUAUCGGGACGAGAACGUGUUGAAGUAUCUGGGGGACGGUUGACUCGGAUUAAAUUGAUGUGCUAUGAUAAUUAUGAUGAUGAUGAUACCCCUUUUCUUGCAUGUGAUUUAUGAGAUGAGUUCAUGUGGUAGUCUAUAUAUUACUAUGUACUGUACUUUGAAUAUUGUCAGGGUAAUUGACAAAAUGAAGGGGAGAGAGAGAGUAACCGCAGCGCCUUAAUUGCUCAGAACAACAACAACAACAACAACAACAACAACAACAAGCCCUAAAUGGUAUCACGGCAGUGCGAUAAUGCAAACAAACGCAAUUCCAAAUACUAAAAGCCUCUACAGUUGAAAAAAAAAAAAAAAAAGGAUUGGCUUAUAUUACCUAAAGAAAUGA